CAUCAGUCGAUCUCGACAGUAACAAUUGUGUUGCUAAAGAACUGUGCGUUGCCGCCCGUGGGAGCUCUUUAGCGUGCACUCUGUGAGAGUAUCGCGCCAGCUCUUCUAAAGACCAGUUUAAAAAGUCUCGGUCUAAAAGUCAACCAUACUUCGGUAGAAAGUUUAAGCAUCAUCUGUUGUACUUCAUUCCAGUUCGUUGUGCUAAAAAUCCAGAGAUGCUAAUGUCUUCGACAGCCUUCGCGAUCCUUUUUGCGUGUUGGUGUGGCGGAUCAACUACGACAGGCUUUCGGAAGCCGUCGAACUUUUUUUACGUUCCUGGAUUUCGAACUGGUGGUCCGCUAGGUCCCCAGCGAAACGUUAAUGGCCUCUGGACAUUUAUAGCCGUUCCGGUUCCCCUUGAAAACCAGACAUUACCUGAGGGGGACUUUCCUAUGGAACAGGUUGCUCAAGCCAAACUGUGGGGCCCAGUUUAUCGUCCUGGUCAUGGAUGGGUCUACGGUGAGGCCGGAUUCGUCUUUGUACCUCGUAUGCCACCGUAUGUGCCACCCAUUAUCUUUCCACCCCCCCGAUCUUUGAGUAAUGGAGAUGUUACCCCAGCGUCCGUUGCCGCAGUAUCCGAAAGAGACGUAGAUUCAGUUGUUGAGCCUGUCAUCAACGCUCUUGCCGCGUCAGCACCAGCCGAUAGUGCGGUAACAACUGAGAAAGAGCCUAUGAAAGCCGACGAAGAAAAAUAUGACGAGAACAAAAAUAACGUUAAUACGAAGGAGCCCUAAAGGAACUCACUGCCAAAUCAUAGUUUUCCAUAUACGGUCUGUCUUUUUCGACGCAGUAUUGCUGUUCUAGAAACUAGCCAUUGUAUGGAGCCAUAACUAGUAAAUUAACUGACGGUUUUUGCUUAAAAACGUUUCAUACAAUGAAGGUGCGUUGAGUUUAGCUACGUAACGAUCGAAGAUGGUAGGAAUGGAAAUCCAUGAAGUUAUAGAACUGUAUUAACACACGUAUUCCUUGUAUUUAAUACUAACAAUAAUUCAACCUAUAAUAAACGUUUGUAAAACCCAAACAGCAAGACACUUACGCCGUUUUAAGAUGGUUCGCUCGUACCGUGAACUGGUGGGCGCUCUUUGUCUGUGCUACGUAAGGGCGAGCCGAACGGAGACAGAGAGAAAUACUAAGAAUAAUUCAUUACAUCGGAUUAAUUAAGUCCUACCGGAGAACUUACUGAAUGGAAAGAUUAUAAUCUUAACCGGUACUGUAAUAAGUCCCGUGCAAGGCCGAAGCUGUCGGAAGCCUUUCGAUUUUAAAAUCGCUAACAGAUGUAGCAUAUAUGUAGUACCAUGUCAGUAUUUGCCGCUAUGUCAUCUGUUUCUUUAUGGGAAAAGGGCGGAAACGACAAUAUGUGGAACAAUUGAACACAGAUAUGUGCGAAUAUAAAAUAUUGCACGCCUUCACUGCUUUAUCGAAGAGAAUCACCAAUGCUGGCAAAAUGGCUCCAGUUAAUAGCUAUAGAGUAAUAGAGCAACAAAUAAAACAUUCCUAAUUCAAACUAUUACACGUUCCGAGGUGAUGUCAUGCACAUUUCAAUUCUAUUAUGAAUAUGCAUCUAUACUUAAUUUAACAAGUCGCUCGAUUUUUUAGUUUCUUGGCUUGACGACAUACGUAACAGGUAUACGACAACGAUCAACUGCGCUUUGUUUUUAUAAUAAUAGUAACAGUGAUGUUACAACAGAAGUUGGUAUAUAAAACAAUUCUUAAACAGUUUUAUAGGACUGAACGACUGUGCUAAAGUAAGUGGCAGCUGGGAAGUGUUCAAUCCAAAAGGGUUUCGUUUGGCGACUAGAGCGGUAUUUAAAAAUGGACUUUGAAUACAACGGAGGAAAGGUUCCAUCUAAGGGUAUACGAAGAUUUCUG